AUGCAUUGCGUUUGCAUUUCAACAACUGUGAUAAAGAGGUCAACUGACACUAUACAGCAACAUCUGUGCAUAGUCAAAGCUGAUGCAGGGUCUCCGUGGGUUCACUUCUUGCUCUCUGGGAAGUGCUUCCUGUCCAAAUCCCAAGAAAUGCUUUUACUACACCCGGUGGCGAGUCCUUGUCCACGCUGUACCUCCCGGGUACACCUGCUCACACCGUUCUCAAACGAAUUCCACUCUCGCGGUGCAGUAGCUGAAACAGCAGGCCCAAACCAAAACAUCAUUAACACCCAUGGACCAAUGAAAGAGGCAGAUGAACUAACUAAGGACCUCUUGAAAAUGCCUACCACCAGUUCCCAAAUAUCAAAAUCUUCUUUUGAGAUGAACGCCCAAGUGGGAAGAGAGAAGUUCUAUAAACCAUUACAAUCGGAAUUGAUACUUUGCAUAUAA